AUGUUUCCUUGCAUCUGGAAGGCAGAGGAGGAAGUGGCCUUUGUACACGUCCUGAUCCACAGUGGGGACACAGUGAGUUUUGAGAGCCGCAAGAAGGUGCUGGUGAGGGACCAGAAAGAGAUGCUCCUCAUACAAACAGACAAGCCCUUCUACAAACCUGGGGAGACAGUGAAAUUUCGCAUUGUGAGCCUUGAUGAGGAGUUUAAGGCCAUCGACGAAGUGUACCCGCUUGUGCAGCUGCUGACAGACAAGAGUGGUUGUUCCACUUUUACAGUGGAUACAGUGGAUCUAGCACUGGCCAACCCUGGCUACCAGAAAUUGUUGGCAAUUUCAUUCAAGCUGCAAGAAGAAGCAACAGGAGCCACAAUCUGGGAAAAUGCCAACACCCGCAUCACUUCGGAGGAAGUACUUAUGGAAUUUGUUGAUUUCAAUCCAUUCUACAAACCUGGAUUCCCAUAUACAGGCAAGAUGCAUUGUAGCAUCGAUGAAUCUCCCCUCCAGAACAAAACUGUUUACCUGACUGUGGACGUCAAUGAUGUGGAGACCCUUUGGUCAUAUGUCACAGAUGAGAACGGUGAUGCCUAUUUCAUGCUAAACACAACCCACUGGAAUGACACUCUGGUUUCUCUGAGGGGCAGGUAUGCCAUCAGGAACUUCACCCAGGAGGACAGCUCCAAGGCUGCUAUGGGGUUCCACGAUGCUUUCAACUGGCUGAGACCCUUCUACUCCGAGAGCAGCAGUUUUCUGGAGAUCCAUUAUGUGAAAGAGGAGCUGCCCUGUGGCCAGGAGCCUGAGUUGCAGGUGGAAUACAUCCUUGACCAGAGCAAGCUGGGCCCUGGGGCCAAUCACGUGGAUUUCUAUUUCUUUGUCGUAUCAAAAGGUAGGAUUGUCUUCAAUGGACAGAAGCAGGUGCCAGUUGGCCAGGAUGAAACACUGAAGGGAUCCUUCUCCUUGACCCUGCCCAUCAGCAUUGACUUGGCACCCUCCUCCCACCUUCUUGUUUAUGCCAUAUUUGAAGAUGGAGAGGUGACAGCAGACAUGGAAACUUUCACAGUUCAGAAGUGCUUCAGAAAUAAGGUGUCACUGGCAUUCUCCCAAGAGGAGGAACUCCCAGGCUCAAAAGUUGGUUUGCACCUGCAGGCCACUCCGGGCUCCCUGUGCUCUGUCCAGGCUGUGGACAAGAGUGUUCUCCUGACGAAAGACAGCCUCCUGACAGCAGAUGUUGUGCAUGACGAGUCCUACACCCCAACGUAUUUGAUUGCAGGGCGAGGAUUCCCUUAUCACCUGGAGGACUUCGAGCUGUACCCCUGCCUGCCUCCUGUCACUCCUCAUCCCCCUACCCUUUGGAACAGACACCCCUUAAUGGGGGCCCCCUGGUAUCAAAGUGAAGCAGAUGUGUAUAGUCUCUUUAAGCAAUUGCAAAUGAAACUAUUCACCAACACCAAAGUCAAGAAACCCAUAUCCUGUACAAGACCGACCUUCACAAGAAGAAUACACACGGGUGAAGAGCAUAGUUAUAUCAAUGCUUUCAUGCCCGGUUCUCAAUCAGUAGCAUCAGGCCACAAGCAGGAAGAGAAGACAAAACCACGGAAACACUUCCCAGAGACCUGGAUUUGGGAUCUGGUCCCCAUUGGUGAAGAGGGGGAAACCUCUCUUGAAGUCAUCAUCCCAGACAGCAUUACAGAGUGGAGAGUCAGCUCAUUCUGCCUUGCGGAUGUUGGCUUUGGACUUUCACACCCAGCCACGCUCAGAGUCUUCCAACCCUUCUUUGUGGAUGUGAGGCUGCCUUACUCGGUGAUCCAAGGAGAGCACUUCAUCCUGAAGGCCACUGUCUUCAACUACUUAAAGGACUGCAUCCAGAUGAAAACCACACUGGAGGAGUCUGUGGAGAUCCAGGUGGAGCCCUGCCCAAGCUGCCAGUUCACCAGCUGCCUCUGUGCCAAUGAAGCCAAGACCUUCUCCUGGAAUGUGACGGCCACGAAACUGGGCAGUGUGAAUCUCACGGUGAGCUCCCAGGCAGAAAGUGCACAUGAGCUGUGUGGCAACAAGAUUGCUGUGACACCUGUGCGAGGAGAUACAGACACUGUGAUCAAAUCACUGCUUGUCAAGCCAGGAGAUGUCCUCAUAAAGAAGACCCACAAUGCUUUCCUCUGCAGUGAAGGGGAUCCAGUUUCUGAUGUUGUUUCCCUGCAGCUGCCCAACCAAGUCCUGGAGGGAUCCGGCCGAGCCACUGUCUCUGUUAUCAGGGAUAUCACGGGUGCAGUGUUGCAGAAUUUAGCUGAGCUGCUCCAGAUGCCUUUUGGCUGUGGGGAGCAGAACGUGGCCAAGUUUGUGCCAAACAUCCUGGUGCUCCACUACUUAGAGAAGAUAAAACAAGUGACUCCAGAAAUCAAACAACAGGCACUGGAACACAUGCAGAGUGGUUACCAGUGCCAGCUGCUCUACAAGCAUGACAAUGGCUCCUACAGCGCCUUUGGGAAGCGUGAGGCUGAGGGCAACACCUGGCUGACGGCACUUGUGGCUCGGGCCUUUGGCCAGGCAAGGGCCUACAUAUACAUUGAUGAGCAGCAUGUGAAGGACGCUGUGGAUUGGCUGGGACAGAACCAGCUGCCCAGUGACUGCUUUCGGAGUGUGGGGAAGCUCUUCAACAACCACCUGAAGGGUGGAGUGGAUGAUGAGCUCUCACUGACAGCCUACAUCACUGCUUCACUCCUGGAGCUCCAUCUGAUGAGAAAGUAGGCUGCUAUGGUGGAAAAGGCAUUGGGCUGCCUUAAGAAAGCAUUACAUGAUGUGGACAGUGCCUACACCCAGGCCUUGAUGGCUUAUGUCUUUGCCCUGACCAAGGACACAGAGAUGAGGCAGCAGCUCCUGGAGAAGUUAGAUGAAAAAUUUCUCAAGCCUGGUACAGAUGAGCCAAUGACAGGAUCCUCAUCGCUGGUUGAGUCCAUGGCCUACAUCCUCCUGACUCACCUAUCCCAACCAGAGGUGACAGCCAGUAACAUCACGAAAUUGUCCCCAAUUCUGCGUCAGCUCAACGAAAGGCGCAACUCCUUUGGGGGUUUUUAUUCCACUCAGGACACUGUUGUUGGCCUCCAAGCCCUGAUUAAAUAUGCAGGCCUGACUUACCGGAAGGCAGGGCACACAAAGGUGAUGGUGAGAUCUGAAGAGGCCCUCCUGCUGGAGUUUCAUGUGGAUGGGAAGAACCAGCUGGUGCUACAGCAAGCACCUCUCCUUGGCAUCCCAGGAGUGUACACAGUGCAGGUGGCUGGGAGUGGCUGUGUGUAUGUGCAGACAACUCUGAGCUACAAUGUCCCACCCCAUAAGAGUGAGGCGGUCUUUGUCCUGCACGUGGAGACAGCCCCAGUGGAGUGCAGUGAUGCAGCUAGGGAGCACUUCAACCUCCAUGUGGCAGUCAGCUACACUGGGGACCGCAGGAGCAGCAACAUGGCCCUGAUAGAAGUGAAGAUGCUGUCAGGCUUCAUCCCCGUGAAGAGCUCUGUGAAAGCAUUGCAAAAGAUACCCAUAGUGAAGAGGACCGAGGUUGACCCAGAGAAGGUCACCAUCUACUUGGAGGAGCUGGAUAAGACUCUGCAAAACUUCACUUUCUCAGUGGAACAAGAGAUUGAAGUGCAACAUCUGAAACCGGCAACAGUGCGUGUCUAUGACUACUACCAGCCAGAUGAUCAUGCCACUGCAGAAUACAAUGCCCCCUGCAGCUCAGGCUGGGUAUGAAACAGUGUCAGCGAGGAUAACUGUUCUGUUCCCAAGCUCCCUGAGACCUGGACCAGAUCGUGGUAACACAUUUGAACUGAUGUCUAAGUAACGUAUUUGAAUGUGUUAAAGAUAAAAAAAACUCA